CAACGCUUCAAUUGUUACCAAAAUGUAAUGGUAAACGAACUAACUCAUAGUUAGACUCUGGUAGCGACUGAAAAACGGGAAAAUCUCGUCGGUUUAAAGAAGUCACAUGAAAGUUCCCGAGGUAUUAUCCCAAACAGGCAAGCCCUGUCGAUCUCGACCGUAUUUUUCCACCUCACUUUGCUAUCUUUGUUUAGUGUUCGCUAGACUGGUAGGAUUGAUGUCAACAAGCCAUGUUUUCCCCGUGCAAUUAUUACGCCAUGAACUUAAUGAAGUCCCCGAGGGCCGAACUUAACUCUCUACAUAUAUCAGUUGAGCCGCUCCUCACUCUGGGGAUGUCUACACUUACCAACAUCCGUACAUGCCGACGCGACAUCUGGAGCAUUGGUUUCAAUUUAUUCAUACACAUCUAUAAUUUAUAAUCCAGUGCGAAGCGUGUAGUUAUCGCGAAAAUGUCUACCUCUAACCCCCAUGACCCCGUCGUUCCUCGCCCCAUCGCUAUUCCUCUGCGGUUCGCUCUGCGCUCCACUCAGAUCGCCUUUGCUGCUAUAGUUGCCGGUCUUGCCGGCCACUCUUUGAGUACUCUCACUGGCGACCAGGAUAACUUUUACACUGCCAGAUCGAUCUACGCUGAAGUUGUCGCGGCUCUCUCGAUUGUGUUAGGUGUUGUGUUGAUGGUGCCGAUUUUGCAUGGAUACUUUGUGUGGCCAAUCGACAUCACUAUCAGUCUCGCCUGGUUCGCUGCUUUUGGUGUUUUGUUCAAUGCGCUUCAAGGAACUGUCUGUGGACUGGACCCCAACACCGGCACCUUUGUUGACUGUACGGAAUGGAAAGUCAGUGAAGCCUUUGCUUUUCUGUCAGCAAUUGUCUGGCUUAUCACUGGAGGAGUGGGGAUAUUCUAUAUCUGGCGUUCUGAUCAGCAGCGCCUUGGAUACUGGCACGGUCGAUACAACGUGUAAAUCGACCGAUAUUUACGAGUCGUGCUCUGCGACUACGCCAGCCAUGACUUACGAGGCUAAAGGAGUAGGGCAUACAUCUCUGUGCUCUAAUUUGCAGGUGCCCAUGUCGACAUGAAAACUUCAACCCAAAAAAUAUAUAUGUUUCAUGAUGGAUUUGUGACGGAUAUAUAACAGUGAAUACAUGUGUGAAUGUACAUAUAUGUAAUAAUGACUAAUAUACUAAUUUCGACCUCAAUUGAUUUGUGUGUCGACAUAAA